ACCUCCCGCCCCGCCCGCCCGCCCGCGCGCUGCCGGCCCCGACGCCGCCGCCGCAGCUCAGACUCCGCUCAGCCAUGGCCCGGCCGCCCGCGUUCGCCCCGCUCCUGCUCCUGCUCCUGCUCGGGGAGCUCCUGGCGGCCGCCGGGGCGCAGAAAGUGGGACUCCCAGGCCCCCCCGGCCCCCCAGGGCCGCCCGGGAAGCCCGGCCAGGACGGCAUUGACGGAGAAGCUGGUCCUCCAGGUCUGCCUGGGCCCCCGGGACCGAAGGGGGCCCCAGGAAAGCCGGGGAAACCAGGAGAGGCCGGGCUGCCGGGACUGCCGGGUGUGGAUGGUCUGACUGGGCAAGAUGGACCCCCUGGACCCAAGGGUGCCCCUGGGGAACGGGGAAGUCUGGGACCCCCGGGGCCACCCGGGCUGGGGGGCAAAGGCCUCCCUGGACCCCCCGGAGAGGCAGGAGUGAGCGGCCCCCCAGGUGGGAUCGGCCUCCGCGGCCCCCCGGGACCUUCUGGACUCCCCGGCCUCCCUGGCCCCCCAGGACCUCCCGGACCCCCUGGACACCCAGGAGUCCUCCCUGAAGGCGCUACUGACCUUCAGUGCCCAAGUAUCUGCCCGCCAGGUCCCCCAGGGCCCCCUGGAAUGCCAGGGUUCAAGGGACCCACUGGCUACAAAGGCGAGCAGGGGGAAGUCGGCAAGGACGGCGAGAAGGGUGACCCUGGCCCCCCGGGGCCCGCCGGCCUCCCGGGCAGUGUGGGGCUGCAGGGCCCCCGGGGAUUACGAGGACUGCCAGGGCCACUUGGGCCCCCUGGGGACCGGGGUCCCAUCGGGUUCCGAGGGCCACCUGGGAUCCCAGGAGCACCUGGGAAAGCGGGUGACCGAGGCGAGAGGGGCCCAGAAGGGUUCCGCGGCCCCAAGGGUGACCUCGGCAGACCUGGUCCCAAGGGAACCCCCGGAGUGGCCGGGCCAAGCGGAGAGCCGGGCAUGCCGGGCAAGGACGGCCAGAAUGGCGUGCCAGGACUCGAUGGCCAGAAGGGAGAGGCUGGUCGCAAUGGUGCCCCGGGAGAGAAGGGCCCCAACGGGCUGCCGGGCCUCCCCGGACGAGCGGGAUCCAAAGGCGAGAAGGGAGAACUGGGCAGAGCUGGGGAGCUGGGUGAGGCUGGCCCCUCAGGAGAGCCAGGCGUCCCUGGAGAUGCUGGCAUGCCUGGGGAGCGUGGUGAGGCUGGCCACCGGGGCUCAGCGGGCGCCCUCGGCCCACAAGGCCCUCCCGGAGCCCCUGGUGUCCGAGGCUUCCAGGGCCGGAAGGGCAGCAUGGGAGACCCUGGCCUUCCAGGACCCCAGGGCCUCCGAGGUGACGUGGGUGACCGGGGUCCGGGAGGUGCCGCAGGCCCUAAGGGAGACCAGGGUAUUGCAGGUUCCGACGGUCUUCCUGGGGAUAAAGGAGAACUGGGUCCCAGCGGCCUGGUCGGACCCAAAGGAGAGUCUGGCAGUCGAGGGGAGCUGGGCCCCAAAGGCACCCAGGGUCCCAACGGCACCAGCGGUGUUCAGGGUGUCCCCGGGCCCCCCGGUCCUCUGGGCCUGCAGGGUGUCCCGGGUGUUCCUGGCAUCACGGGGAAGCCGGGAGUUCCGGGGAAGGAGGCCAGCGAGCAGCGCAUCAGGGAGCUGUGUGGGGGGAUGAUCAGCGAACAAAUUGCACAGUUAGCCGCGCACCUAAGGAAGCCUUUGGCACCCGGGUCCAUUGGCCGGCCCGGUCCAGCUGGCCCCCCUGGACCCCCAGGACCCCCAGGCUCCAUUGGUCACCCUGGCGCUCGAGGACCCCCCGGAUACCGCGGUCCCACUGGGGAGCUGGGAGACCCUGGGCCCAGAGGAAACCAGGGCGACAGAGGAGACAAAGGCGCGGCAGGAGCAGGGCUGGACGGGCCUGAAGGAGACCAGGGGCCCCAAGGACCCCAAGGUGUGCCCGGCACCAGCAAGGACGGCCAGGAUGGUGCUCCCGGCGAGCCUGGGCCUCCCGGAGAUCCUGGGCUUCCAGGUGCCAUUGGGGCCCAAGGAACACCGGGGAUCUGCGACACCUCAGCCUGCCAAGGAGCCGUGUUACGGGGGUUGGGGGGGGAAAAAUCAGGCUCUAGAAGCUCAUAAAAUUCGACAUGAGGAAGUAAGCAAGUGACAAGGACGCCUGAAGCGCAGUGGGGCGGUCCUGAGGGAGCGGGCAGUGUGGCAGGCUGGUGACGUCCAGGAGAGGGAGCCCCUGGCUGCCCCGCGGCCGCCGACUGGACACGCGGGCCCUGCCAGCGAGCACCCUCAUCGGGCUGUCGCCUGACAGCAUACCUCAAAAGGCCCCAGCUAAUAAACCUGUAAGCCCAACAUUUGAGAGAAGGUAGGGUGUAUAUAUAAAAGGUUGUGUACAACUCCACGAGGUGAAAAAUAUUCAGUAACUUGUUUACAUAGCAUUUGUGUAAAGACUAUGAUUUCAUCCCAAUAAAAUGAUAUAUUAAAUCUU